UACAACAAUGAAACCAUUACGACAUAGUUGUAGUUUGGCAAUUAUUGUCAUAUUUGCAUAUUUAUGCACCGAAAGCUAUGGAUAUCCAUACCCGUAUCCAGCAUAUUUAGUUCAAGAACCGUUGACUUCGUUAUCUGUACGACCACUAUAUCGUAUUGUUCGUGAUGCUCCUUCAGAAUUCGCCGCACGACCUCAAAGACAAGCUGGUGGCGGUGGUGGAGACCAUCACGAUGUAGUGGAUUAUGGAGCGCAUACAGGUCAUCAUGGUGCUUUUGGAUGGUAUGCUGAUUUCCCAGUUUUAGUGCAUCAUUAAAAUGUCUAUUUCUUUUUCUCUGAUUUCUUUUUUCAAUCUUUUCUGUCCCGUUUUCUUAAAUUUCCUCUCUUUUUCUCUUCAUCUACUUUC